UAAUUGAAGCAAAUUCUUAGAGUCAAUUUUAUUCAGUUCAUUUAAAAUUUUCAAAUAAAUAGAUCUUCAAAAUUGUUUCAAGGUAUAAGUUAUUUUAAACAACAACUAUGAAUUUCCUUACUUUACAGCUCGGAGUCGCUUUAAGUCUACUCGUUCUUAUUGGAAAUUGUGGCCAAACAUAUGCUGCACCAAAACCAUGCAAGGGCGGUUGCAGUGGAACACCAGCCUAUAAUUCAGGUUAUACUGCACAUAAUCCCGCAGUUUUAUCGACUCCAUUAGGACAUUCAGGAACAGGUGCUGUCGGAAAUCAUCAUGACCUUGAUGGAGUUUAUAGUGGAUCUGAAGGUGCCGACGUUAUGGGGUAUAAUAAUAUAGUGAAGGAACUUAUAGACCUUUUCCUCAGCAUCAAAGCUCCAAUCAAUAUUUUAAGUUAAUCACACUAUAAAUUUGCAGUAAAAUAAAAUGUUUGUUUGCCUUUUGCAAAAAUGAAACCUAAGAUUUGAAGGGGUUACAAAAAAGGAAUAAAAGUAUUGGAAUAAAAAAA